AUGUCGUCCCUUCAUUGUUAUAUUAGCUUAUGCAUAGCUUUGUUCAUGGUUUUGAGUUUGGGACAAGCAAAUGGUCAAUGGUACAGAAAAGUUGGUUAUAAGAAAUUUGCUUACUAUACAAUAACGGUCGACCCCUCAGGCCAGGGCAAUUUCUCCACAAUACAAUCUGCCAUAAACUCCGUUCCUUCAAAUAAUAAGUAUUGGGUUUGUAUCAGAAUCAAGGCUGGCAUUUACAGGGAAAAGAUCAAAAUACCCUAUGAUAAGCCAUACAUAAUUCUGAAAGGUGAAGGAAGGAGGAAAACACAAGUUGUUUGGGAUGACCAUGACACCCUUGCACAAAGUCCCACUUUCACUUCUUUAGCUGAUAAUAUCGUUGCCAAAUGCAUGAGCUUCACGAACUCGUACAACCGCCCGCCUAAUGAUAAACCACGAGCACCGGCGGCCGCGGCCAUGAUUACCGGUGACAAGACUAAGUUCUUUAGAUGUGGCUUCUUUGGAUUGCAAGACACCUUGUGGGAUGAUCAAGGACGACAUUACUAUAAGCUUUGCACCAUACAAGGUGCUGUUGAUUUCAUCUUUGGUAGUGGCCAAUCUAUUUUUGAGAGAUGUUCCAUAUCAGUGGUUGGUGGAGCUUUAGAGCCAGGAUUUCAGGGCUUUAUCACAGCACAGGGAAGAACGAACCCAAAUGAUGCCAAUGGGUUUGUGUUCAAGGACUGCCACGUGUUCGGUUCCGGUUCGGCCUUCCUCGGAAGGCCAUGGAGAGGCUAUGCAAGAGUCUUCUUUUACAACACAAAUAUAUCAGACGUCAUAGUGCCUCAAGGUUGGAAUGCUUGGAAUUUUGCUGGCCAAGAGUACCAAUUGACAUAUGCAGAGGAAGGUUGCUUUGGACCCGGAUCGGAUUCUUCCCGGCGAGUGAGUUGGGAGAAGAAACUGAACGAGGAAACCGUGAAGCAAUUGACUAGCUCGAGUUUCAUAGACGACGAAGGCUGGCUCAACAACCAGCCUUUCUAGGUUUGUUUCAGCUUUGACAUUUUGCAGAAGUCAAACAGUACUGUUGCACAAUAGCGUUCUGUUAAGGUCCAAGCAACUUUCUUUUAGAAAACUGGUCGGAUUAUUGGUGUAAACUUGGUUCACCAAUCUUGAAAUUG